UGCCGGCAACUCCGUGCGAGAGUCCACGCUCCGUUCGAUCGAAUACUGAUUCGAAACGCGAAGUAUGUCCCGAUGUAAUUUAUGUAAAUGAUUUUUGAUGUGUUUCAGUCGAAUGUAGAACUGUGAUGUCAGUGUGAGUGAAGUGUGUGGAUUGAGGUACAGUUUAUGACGAUUUAGUUGAAAAAUAUUUAAAAUAUUAAGAUUUAGAAUCAUUUACAAAACUGCAGGACUAUUUGGUAGAUCUACAAUUUUCCGGUUAAAAACGGAAUCCACAGCAAUCUCAGAAUGACCGUAUUGAGGUGAAACCUAUCAAAAUAUCUGCCUUGAGACAGCCAAACCUUCAAUAGGCAGUUACGAGUAUGGCAGAAGAGAAAAAGAAAGAUGGUGGCGCUUUGUUGGCGAAGAAGAAGAAAACAAAGCCGCGGAAGUCUCGAGAUGCAGAUUGCUGUAGUGUCAACUUUUUGAAAUGCGUCCUGCAUAUAUUUAACGUCGUUUUUCUGUUUGCAGGCAUAGGCGUCCUGGCCGUAGGAGCUUGGACAGUGGCUUCUCGCCACAAAUUCGUGGCGCUGCUGCCGACACCCACAUACCCUGCCAUCGCGUACCUGCUGGUCUUAGCAGGAGCCCUGGGGGUGCCCAUGUCCGCUCUCGGCUGCUGCGGACUCAAGACUGAGAAUAGAACCAGUUUACUAUGUUACACCUACUUCCUACUGAUCACGUUUAUACUGGAGGCGGGGGCGGGGGGGUUGGCUUACUACUACGAGAUAGCGGUGGAGCACGAGCUGAGAGCGGAACUCAACAACACCUUCCUGUCUAACUACGCCUUGGACACCAUCAUCACUGAUGCCGUCGACAGAAUGCAAGCUGAGUUUAAAUGCUGCGGCGCCGUGCGCUUCGAGGACUGGCGUCGCAGCGCGUGGCACGAGCACGACCCGCGGCUGCUCGUGCCCGACUCGUGCUGCAAGUCGCAGUCCAGCCGCUGCGGCGCCCGCGACCACCCCUCCAACAUAUACUAUAAUGGCUGCAUCCGCCAGUUCACGAACCACAUCCGAGACCACCUGAUAAUCCUGGCGGCCGUGGGGGUUGGGAUGUCAGUGAUCCCCGUGUUCGGGUUCCUGUUCUCUUGCGUGCUGUACGUCAAGAUCAAACACGUGGAGGACUGACCAAGGCCCAAACCCUCCGCCACUAAGAACCGAAAAGUGUUCGAUAAGUCCGCUUCAGCGGGGGACCUAACUAAGUACCAGCAAAGACGCAGUUCACAACGGAGGCCGAAAAUAGAAGCCUCUAGAACCAAACGCAACGUCAAGCGGCCACCGUGCCCACUGCAUCAUGGCGGCGAGAAAAAUGCCGCGAAUAUACCCAUAUCUACCAUAAGCGACAACGUCAGUAUAUAAAUUAAAAUUUUGAAACAAAUCGAACACUUUUUUUAAUGUAAACUUAUGCUGAUGUUGCCAGUAACAUCGCUAAAAUAUGACUAAAUUUUCAAUUUCUUAUCAAUAGUAGGAUUUUAGUAUAUUUUUUAAAUCUAAAUUCUAAAACCUAUUCACUAUAAUAUUCAUAGAAUCGUAUUUUUAACGAGAUGCAAACGAUUUGGCGAUAAUCUAUGUGUGAUGAAAAGCUCUCUCCAAAAACGAAAGAAUCUCAGUGUAUACAAAUAUUAAUUUAUUUCCAUGUGUUCAUCGGAUGUUACAUAAUGAUAUAGAAUUUAAACAAUGUUCAUGUUUAGAUCGUAGUUACGUAGUUAGUGAACAAGCCCGAAUUUAUAUCAUAGUGUAUCUAUGUCAUACGUGCGAAAGUAAUAACAAUGUUAGAAACAAAACUGUGAAGGUAACAUUAUGGUCUAUGUGGAGCGUUAGCAUAACAAAAAAUACAUAUGUAUAUGUCUCUAAGUUUGUAACCGUAAUAAUAAUCGAAGAAUAGUUAUAUAUAGAUAGAGAUGGGCUUGGGCCUAUUUUUUGCCUGGCGUAAACCCAUCUUUGAAUAGUCUGUUAAGCCAAAGAGUGAUCAUGGCCGCGCGCGCUCUGCUAAGACCUUAUGCUACUUCUAUGAGACAACUGUUAGUGUUAAUAAUGUUAAGAUGGUGCUAUAUUUUGUUAUAAAACUGUAGACCGUUGUGUACUUAAAUUGGUAGGGACAUCGAAUAAAAUAAAUUAAAUGUACUUAAAAUAUUUGUAUCACUAUAGGGUUUUGUUUUGUUUGUAAUCUCAUUGCAAUUCCACCGUUUGCGUUAUUUUCCUACUUCUCAUUAAACGAAAUAUACCUAUUUUUAUUUAUAUGACGUGACAAUAUGAGAAAUCGUAAAAUAUGUUCGUAAUAUAUGAAGCACAGGAACCACAUACACUAAUGUGACGUUCCAAACAUAAAGGUAUCUUAUGACGUGGCCAUGAGGUACCUUUACCCACGGUCAACGUCACAUAUAUUCAUCACAUAAAUCAUUUCUGUAAAGGCUGAUUUUCACCAAGUUAGCUAAUUCUAUCCAACCAAUGACUAGCCCGCGCUGACAGGUUUAGGCCAGCAAUUGGUUAAACCGAAAUUUGGUGUAAAACUGCCUUAUGAUUAUGUACUCAUAACCUGUGUUCUUACUUUAUUUUUUAAUAAGAUAAAUUGGCAACUGGUAAAUAAAAUAUGACUUACUUUAAGAGAAACUUAAUAUCAUGAUACUGAACAUUUUUUUUCCAACAAUUUAUGUUAAACUCAGAUAAUAAAAUAAAAUCAAACGAUCACGGAAAAGUUAUUCGUAUGUUUAAAUUUGUUUUAUCGUUUAAAUAUUUAAUUUCUUGUUAUUAUAACAACUCGCUGACAACUAUCCUGUUGCUUGUACACGAUUUAUAUAUUUAAAAUUACAUUUAAUUCGAAUAAAAAUCAUCUAUAUAAUAUCGCUCUUAUACUUAUGUAAAUAUUGUUGGUAUCAUUGAUAUCCAAAUUAAUUUUAAUGAGAAAUAAUUCUUUUCACACUAUUUCAUUAGACACUGCUGCUUUUGUUAAACAUUCUUAAAAUACUUCUAAUGUGGAUUUCCCAAAUAGUCACACUUUUUGUUACAAUUAGAUAGCAUAUACGCAUUUUUAUACGUGCUAAGUUAACCAUUAUAUUUAAACACAUUAUCAGUAAUAAAUGUUUAAUAAACUAUACCUAAGCUAAUUGUGCCUUAAUAAUUGUUAAGAUUGUAGAUAAAUUGAAAAUGUGUCUUUAGGUUUGGGGCUCCGAACUGUUUGAUCACUUAUUUUAGUAAAGUAUAUGGUGUGGUAUACACUAUACAUAUAAUAUAGUGGUUCUAAAAUUAAAUAUUUUGACUAGUAUGUUACCAGAACUGUUCGAUGUACAGUCAGUGGCGGAUAUACGUAACCACCGGUAGUAGCAAUAUACAUAUGGAUGGGGAUAGGUUUAUAUGCCCACGAACUUCAUGUAAGGACUUGUUUUUUAUACUUAAAUUAUUUUUGUAUUUAUUUAUUUGUCACAAGUACGGAGCCCUAGUAUAAUAAUUUAUUUAUUUAAAUUCUAUGUAAGCAAUUGAGUUAUUUUUAUAUUUUACCGAAAACCAAAAAAGUCUAAUCAUUUCUAGUGUUACGAUUGUUUUGUUGAAAAUUGAAACUUCAGGUGUCGCAUCAUGUCAAUAUUCGAUCUUUGUAACCCUGUUAGCGCUCUGAGCAACUAUGUAAUAACUCCAAGAUAAAUUAACAUAACUAGAUAUGACAGAGGAACGUGUAGACGAAUACUAAUAAGAUAAAUUAAUUUUACAUCUAUACACGCCAAACGAAUUUACCUAUAUGGAUUGUUAACAGACUGGCCCGAUAAAAAUGUGCAUAUUGAGAAAACAUAAUUUUUCAUCGUCUAUAUAUCUACAUAUUAUGUUGUACCUAUUAUAUACAUAAAUUUUAAUGAUUUUUGCUCAUAGCGCUAAAAUGGUUAAUAAUAUAUUUUUGACAAUAGCUUAUAUACCUACUUGUAACUGGUUUGUGUUUAUGUAUAAUAUUACAAUAGUCAUUGUCAAUUUUCUCUAUUUAAUUUAGCAUUCUCGAUAGGUAAAUGAAUACAAUUUUAACCACAA